CUAUGAUCGCGUGUUAUGUGUCCUUUGCUAAUCUCUGAGGGCUCUUUGGUGAAUGCAGCUCCCAAAGAGGCUUAGUUGAGGGUUCUAGUAUCAGUGCUCUAGUGAUUUUCUCGGCUGUUUAUGGGAAGGAAGUUUCUUACAGGCAAAGGCUCACUUUCCCCAGCAGCCCGGGAAAGAGGGCAGCCUGGGCGAUUCCCCACCCCUUCCUCAAAAUGUCCUUGUUUUCCUGUGGGCUGAGAACACGAUGCUCCUCCCACCCUUCUCUUUUCAAAAGCCAAGCCCCUUUUUAAUCUGUAUAAAGUCGACAGUCUUGGGAUCUAGUGAUUGAAGAAACCGCCUUCUCUCUGAGACCAAGCCAGAGACCCAGGGUCCUUCAGGGCAGUAAGGCCACCAUGGCUCAGAAGUCCCUGGUCCUGUUUUUGUGGCUGGCCCUGGUGCUGCUGGUGCUGGGGUGGGUCCAGCCUUCCCUGGGCAAGGAAUCACCAGCCAAGAAGUUCCAGCGGCAGCACAUGGACCCUGACAGCUCCUCCAGCAACAGCUCCAACUACUGCAACCUAAUGAUGAGUCGCCGGAACAUGACACAAGGACGGUGCAAGCCGGUGAACACCUUUGUGCACGAGUCCCUGGCAGAUGUCCAGGCCGUCUGCUCCCAGAUCAAUGUCAACUGCAAGAAUGGGCAGACCAACUGCUACCAGAGCAACUCCACCAUGCACAUUACAGACUGCCGCCAGACGGGCAGCUCCAAGUACCCCAACUGUGCAUACAAGGCCAGCCAGCAGGAGAAACACAUCAUCGUGGCCUGUGAGGGGAACCCACCCGUGCCAGUCCAUUUCGAUGCUUCUGUGUAGGUCUCCACCAGAGAGAUGCCCCACCUCAUCACCAAGGCAUCUGCCUCUCCCCUCUGCUUCUUUGCCCUAGGGGGCAAUAACUUAAGGUAGCCAUGGCUCUUAUUCAUCCUCCACCUCCCACCCCUCACACAUGUGUUUACAUGCUUCUUUGGCUUGAGGGCAAUAGCUCAGGUCAGGUUUCUUAUCACACACACAUUUCCCUGGUUGAGGGCAACAACUCAAGUUACUUAGGGCUCUUAUCCAACAAGAGCAUGCGCCAAUGGCUUGAGGCUUGCCCUUACUUGGUUUGGAGGGUGAGGAGUGGGUUGUGAGGUGGGCCCAUGUUAACCCCUUCACUGCUUCUUUCAAUAAAACAUAUUUGCAACUAUCUGAA